UGAGAGUGAAACCUAUCAACAAAGACCGACAGCACAACCUGAACAAGAUCAACCUUGAAUUGCGGCCAGGAAAUCAUCGAGAGUCUCAGGAUGGCCGACGUGAAAGAUUUAACGCCUGAUCUGGCGAGGCUGGAUCGCCAGGUGGACAAUCUCGAAGGCGCCAUGCAGCCUCUGUUCGACAAUCUGCAGGAGAUGUCGUCCCAGCUCCCUCUACUCGACAAGGCUAAGCUGUUCUCACUCACUGCCUAUGCGAUCGAAUCAUUGCUUUUCUCCUCACUGAAGCUGGACGGCGCAGAUGCCCAGAACCAUGCCGUCUUUACAGAGCUGAAGCGCAUUCAACAAUACUUUGCAAAAAUCAAGGCCAUCGAGGACCCCGAGGCCCCGGCCCAGCGCACACAUACUGUGAACCAAGAGGCUGCGGCCCGCAUCUUGAAGGCGGACUUGGCCGACAACAAAGACCUUAGCAAAAAGCUGGCGGAGAAGAUUGCUGAAGAGCGGGCCAAGGCCCUGCUAAAGUCGAUGGAGCACAAGAAACGCCCUGCCGAGGACUCGCCACUAGCAUCGGGCACAGAGUCAUCACAAGGAAAAGUGAAGAAGGCAAGGAAAGACAAGUCAAAGAAGAAGAAGAAGAGCAAGGAAUGAGUUGCUUCAUCGCAUUGUUGCCCGCCCUGUGAGGCUGGUGUGGGGUUUGGUGAAUGUUUUCUUUUCCGACAUGGCGUUAUCGGAUCAAGGAGCCUGGCGUUCAUGGAACAG